UGAUAUAUAAAAACAUCUUCCGUCUGAAACUUGGCAUAUCUUUGCAACAUUUACUAAGUGAAAAUGGCUUUAAACUUUGGAACAUAUUUCGACGGUGGUAAAGUCGUGAAAGCUGGCGGUGAAUCUGUCGCAUUUAAACCGGAGGAUCAUGAAGUAAUAGGCUUGUAUUUUUCUGCACAUUGGUGUCCGCCUUGUCGGGGUUUCACACCUGAACUUGCCAAAUACUACAACGACCUUAAAGCAAAAAACCGGACGUUAGAGAUAAUUUUUAUCAGUUCUGACAAAGACGAGACUGCCUUCAAGGAAUAUUUUGCAGAAAUGCCAUGGCUAGCUUUGGAUUUCAGGCACCGAGAAACAAAAAACGAAUUGGCACAGAAAUUUGGUGUUUCGGGGAUUCCAACACUGGUCUUUCUGAAAAAGGAUGGCAGUAUAGCGACAACAAAUGGGAGAGGUGAAGUGAUGUCAGAUAAAGAUCGCACUAUGUCCUGGCUGUCGAAAUAACUGCACAUAACAAUAACAUUAUAAAGCUGGAAAUCAUGUAUGCACUCAGCAGAAUGUUUCACCGAAUUACUGUUUUCUGAAAGUAAAAAUUCAAACAGCAUUGACAAAAAUAUAAUACAAAUGUACAAACAAAACGUUUUGGUUUCACACAAUGUUUCUUUACGAAAUUUUUUUUAAAAGGAACAUAAUUAUUUGCUUGUGAGUUUUAUGUUCGCAAUUUUCUAUAGAUGAAGUGCAAUAAAAGUUAUUUUUCCAUAUACAUGUGUAUAAAAAACUUGUAUCGUUUAUCUCGUUUUUGUUAAAACAUGUAAUGUAUAUUAUAUUUAUUGAUAUAUUUAUGUUUCUUUGAUUCUUUACUAGAUUAUAUGCACACUUACAAUAAUCAGA